GCUCCCCCUCCCGCCGCCGUCUCCACCCCCGAUUCCCCGUCUCUCCGGCUCCCUCGCCCUCACACGCCGUCUCUUUCCUCGAGCCUCCGCUCCGCUAGCGACGCCGACGCGCGCCUCUCUCACCCGCGUCGACGAGAAAGCACCCACCGAUGGAGACGCCGCUGUCCACCAGGAGGAUCACCCGCUCGCUCGCCGCCGCCGCCGCCGCAUCCGCCCAGAAGAGCGCCGCCGCCGCCGGGUCGGACUCCGCCGCCCUCUUCUCCCGGGCCAAGAAGACCGCCGCGGUGGAGACCCAGGCCCAGACGCGCGCCGCCCUGCACGACAUCAGCAACGACUCCCCCAUCGUCGGCCUCGCGGCGGGCGGCCUCCACGCCACCGACACCACCCCCGCCUCCACCGCCGCCAAGACCCGCCGCAGGGCCCCGCGCAGCACGCCCGGAUCCGGGGAGGCGCUCCUGCGCGGCCAGGUCAAGGCGCUCCUGCACAAGGUCGAUGAGGACCAGGGCUGCGCCGCCGCCGCCGCCCUCGUCAGGCCCGCGCGCAUCCAGGCGCUGCUCGGCGUCUCCAGGUCCCCGGCUCAGCUUCUUGCGCCCACCCCGGCCAACACGCCGCAGAUCGGCCCCGUCUCCGCGCCCAGGGAAGGCCUCCUCCAGCUUGAUGGCGCCGCCGCCGUGACCUGCGUCCUCGACGAAGAGGAACCGCUGAUUCCUAAGCUGAAGGUCAUUGCAGCUUCCCUGCCUCCACCUCAGGCAGAGGAGAAGCUGGGCGAGUGCCAGCUGAACCGUGCGCUGGUGUUCGACGACUCCCCUGAGAAGUCCGACGAGUCCAAUGGAUCAGCCGUCUCGUCGUCCGUCUCCCUCCAGGAGAGCAGCGCCGGCAGCUACAUGGACAAGUCAUCGUCACCUGACGACGACAGCUCCUCUGCUUGGUCCAUUCAGGUCCAUGCCAGCUCCGAGAAGGGCGACGAAGAAGAGCUUAGCGUGGAGGAGCUGGCGGCAGCAGAGUACACUGAAGAAGAAGAAGAAGAAGAAGAGGAGUACACUGAGGAGGAGGACUGGGAAGAAGACAGCGACGACGACUGCUACGACGACCUGUGCGAGGAGAUGAGCAGGAUGACCGUGUUGGACGAAGAAGAGAAGAAGGCCGCCGGGCUGCCGCAGUUCGAGGGGAAGCACACCAGGUUCAUCUACAACAGUGACGACGAGAUCGAGCGCGAGGAGGUGGCCGACGCAGCUGAGGCGACGGCGGAGCUUGGCGCGUUGAUGCUCAGGGGGCUGCCGGUGCCGAAGGGGAGGCACCUGCUCUUCCACGACGAGGAGGAUGACGAGGAAUAAGAAUGUCAGUUGUGUUCAGGUUAUUGGGUUGCAUGCAGUGGUUGUCUUUCCCUGACACCAGCCAAAUUGAUGCUCAGGGGGCUGCCGGUGCCGAAGGGGAGGCACCUGCUCUUCCACGACGAGGAGGAUGACGAGGAAUAAGAAUGUCAGUUGUGUUCAGGUUAUUGGGUUGCAUGCAGUGGUUGUCUUUCCCUGACACCAGCCAAAAUUCUUUUGGGGGCUUCCGGUUCUGUAUUUUGAAUUCAUGUCUCCGUUCUUCAGAGAACAAUAUUUUAUCGAUUCAACUCUUCUGAAAUUCAAUAUACUAUUUCUCGGUUAUUGUGGAGUAAA